AUGGCCGCGAAGGGCUCCUUCGCCCAGCGCAUGGCCUCAAUGGCGUCGACCGUCGAGAACUGGGACGACGACGGCGACUUCGACGGCUCCGUCGACAUGUUUACCCACUCCAUGUCCACAUUUCAGUCCACGUCGUCCCGCGUCUCGGUUCGCUCCGAAUCCAACACUGGCGACGACGACUGGCAGGUCCUGCUCGCCCCCAACGACGAGGCCUCCACCAUGAACGCGAUAUCCUCCGCAAAACAAGCCGGCAUCCCGAUCCCCACGAGCGUGCCGUCGUCGGCGCUGCUUGGCGGCGCAAUCAAAAGGCUGGGAAAGAAGAAAUCGAGCCGGAAAAUUGCCGUCGAUGAAGAUUGGGGCAACGAUCUCGAGCUACCCAACAACCCCGGCGAGGGCCUCAAGCUAAAGGCACCGAUGCCGCGCACGCCGGCGGACGACAACGACGGCUUCGACGAUGACUGGGGCGAGGGCAGCUUGGGUAUCCGCUUUGCAGGCACGAGUAGAGGAGGCCGAGGCGCCCGUAGCUCUUCCGUGUCAGCCAUGAGCCCUAGCAUGGGCAGCAUCGUGACCCUCGAGAGUGAGGAUGAUGAGCUGAAUGGCUUGGUGCUGCCCACCGAACCGCUGGACUUUGCAUCCCGUCUGGAGAAGCUCAAGAAGCACGAUCUUCCCACUCCUGACACCUCACCCUCAGGGUUCACUCUUCCGAAACGCGCACCACCGCCAACCUCAGCGCCUGUAUUAGGUCCUCCACUGGAGUUCGCACCUUCGCCUGCCCCGUCGUGGCCCUCGCCUUCCCAAUUUGAAAAGGAAGCUGCAACCCCCGCACAACCGGAACCGGCACCUGCCUCUAGGCUCAUUGGCGUUGAAGAGGAGGAUGACUUCAUGGACGGCUUGGAUAUUGGUGGUGGAGAGGUCUUGGACACGAACAAGCUCACCUUGAACCGUAACGUCAAGGUGAAGAAGGCCCCCGCAAAAGUCACUCCGCCACCAGCAGCCCGUCCGGCUACCACAUUGACCUUUACCGACAAAGACAAGCCCUCCAUGUCAAAGAUCCCGAGGCCUCUAUCUACCAGCAGCCGCUCACGCCUUACGCCUGUCUACGAGUCAGGUGCUUCGCAAAGCGGGAAUAGUCGACAACCGCCGACAACCACAAGUGCUCAACUUCUACGUGCGAAACGCUCUGCGCCUCUACUACGAAACAACAAUCCUGCGCUCUCAGCACGCUCAUCCGUCCCAUUCCUUCCUGCAGGCAAUUCAACGUCCCAAUCUCAUCACGUCAUGGCAAAAUCUACGUCGCGCGGCCACUUGCGCAGGGACUCGGACCCACGUCGACCUCCAUCUCCAUCCAUGAGGCCGUACUCACGCGGACCCUUCGACACGCCAAGUCGGAAUGGCAUGCGAAGGGAGUUGGCACCUUCGGCUCUCGCACGUCAUCCUCAGAAACUCACCUUCCCUAAGGGUCGGAAGCAGAACUUCGGAGAUGGCACAGAGCUUGAAGUCUUUGAUGAUUUGCCCACGUCUGCACACAAAGAGAAGCAGUUCGAGAAAGCACCACGUAACGUGGCUAGCAACAAGACCCUACGGUCGCAGACAAGUAUUUCCAAGCUUCCCAUGCCGGAUCGCAUGGCUACACCCAUGCCGCAAACACCUCGUAGUCCACCGAAAGUGGAUCACACUCCUCGAUUCGCUCGGGACACUGCAGCGAGUCGCAACGCGCGUGAACAGCGUCUUGCUAGCAUACGGACACGAGGCGAUGGUCCCGUUCCGCCGAGCCCCGGUAUCAACUGGAAGGUGCAUGUAGCGGCUAAGAGUCCUCACACCAGUCCAAUUGCCCAUCGGAAGAAGGGUUCCGGAGCAAAGCCGCAGCUUAUUCGAGGCUUGUUUGAACCUGGUUCAAGAACUGAGAAAGGUAUGAUAUAUAACCCGACCAUGCAGCGAUGGGAGGGGAAUGAAGAAGCCCUUGCUCCUUUUACCCAUCCCAAUACAUCAACCGCCACUUUGGAUCUCACGACAGUGAGCACCCCUACCUUCUCGCCGGUACACAACCCCUUCGGUCAUCCGCAUGAGCGCUCGCACUCCAUCUCUCAUACCGCGUUGUCUCAGAUCCAGCUGAAGAACGUCUCGUCACGUGCGGUGAAGGUCGUUGCACGACCAAUCCCCUCCCCACCACGCCCUGCACUCAUCUCGCAAAAGACUAUGCCUCGGGGUGUGCAGUACGAAGGUCGCAUGGUCUUUGACCCUGUCAAAAUGACCUGGCUCAAAGCUCCUCGGGAGUCGAAUGAUCCGCGCUCUCCCUCCGUCGCGGAUGAUGACGAAGAAGAUCCGUUCGCAGGGCUUGAGGACCUCAAGGACAACGUCAGCGUUGCUGGGCCCGGUGAUAGCGUCAGCGGCGGUCCAAGUGCCGAAGACAUCUCCUUCGUUGGCGAAGAGUUCGAUCUCGGGCCUAGCUUCAUCCGCCGGCAACGCGAAGAAGAAGCCAUCUGGCGCCGCAAAACAGAAAGCUGGGUCGGCACAAUGCGCGACAGCGGCGAGCACAAGCACGGCUGGAGAUGGGAGUUGCGCAGAAUCGCCAUGCGUGCCUCGGAAGAGCGGUAG